AUGGUGCUCUCCGGCUCCCAGUGCCUGAUUCUGGCCGUGUCCUUGGCGCUGUGCGCUUGCUUUCUCUUGCCCAGAAUGUUUGGAGGCGGCGCUGUACGGUACACCAGCAAGCGGGACCCCCGAAGGAUGCCUCCCCCCAUUCACGGCCGCUCACCCAGAAGAGAGAGUCAUAGUAAAACACCCAUACAUGGAGGAGGAUCAGAAAAGAGAUACCCUACCCAUGAUCAGGUAAAGGGUGCAAUAGAAGAAGAACUGAAGAAUGAGAAUGUGGGAAGUGGUCGAAGCAUGGCUUUUACACUAAUGCCAAUAUAUGCCGUGGGGGUGGCUGUCUUUGCUGCAUACAAGUUUACAAAGAUGAAGUCGAAGGAGAACAGCAAAUCAAAAUCCUCUAAUGAAGAUGACAAGAAAGCAGUGGCAACAGAAAAUCAACUUCUGGCACUAGAACGACAUCUCUCGCAAACAGAGCACAUGUUGAAUUCUUUACUGACACAACUGGAUCCACUAUCCAAUUGUGUUAAUACAUUGGCCACUGAGCAGAAAGACGAAAUUAUGAGUCAGCUGCAGUCUAUUAGACAGCUAAUGAAGAACAGUGGAAUGGAUAAGACUACUCAUCGGAACUCAGGUAAAGCUAAACAAACAUGUGAAGAUACACUUGAAGGUCUAAUUCAUUCGUUUAAGACUCGGAAUUCUAAUAUCUGUGAGGGUGAUGAUGAAAAUGAAAGUGAGGAAUCUACAACAAAGACAGAGAAGAAUUUAUCUGGACAUAACCUUGUUGCUGGAGAGUCCGCCAUACAAACAGAGGGAUCUCCCUGUGAUGAAGAAGCCAGUAAAAGUGAUCUAUUUGAUGGGUUGAGGAAGCGCAAUGUAAAGGACUGAUGUAAAUCUAGAAAUGCUAAAGACCCAUGCCUUACUUUGCUGCAUUGUUUUAUUUCAGGAUAGUUGUUCCACAUGUACUUUAUUCUGUUACAUGUUAACUAUGUGCAGAGAUUUCAAAUACUCUUAUUUUAUUCUAUGCAAUGAAAUAUGCAAAAUGCUGCAUUUUAUUAAAUGGUUUGCCAGAGUCACCAAAA